AUGUCUCGGUUGUUGUUGCUGUUGCUGCUGCUGUUACUGCUGCUGCUGUUGCUGUUUUGCUGCUGUGGCCCUCGGAACAGAAGCAGCAGUCAACAGCAGGAGCAGCAGCAACAGCGGCAGCAGCAACAGCAGCAGCAGCAGCAGCAGCAGCAACAGCAGCAGCAAGGAGACAGUUUCUCUAUCUCUUCUCUGUCUCCUGUCUCCUCUGGCGUGUUUGUGGGGAGCAGCAGCAGCAGCAGCAGCAGCAGCAAAGGAGACAAAAAAAAGGAGACAGAGGAGACAGAAAGAGAGACAGCAGGCAGCACAAGCAGCCCCCCAGCAACAACAGCAGCAGAAACACCACCAUCUCCUGCAGCAGCAAGUCCCUCUCCUGCUGCUGCUGCUGCUGCUGCUGUCUCUCCUGCUGCUGAAAUAGAAGACAAGAAGAGAGGGGGCCCUCUGUCUCUUAAAGCUGCGAGGAGCCUGCUGCUGCUGCUGCUGCUGCGCCACGGGUUCCUGCUGCAGCAGCAGAAGCACCAUUGUCUGCUGCUACGACAACAGCAGCAACAUCACCGUCUUCUGCUGCAGCAGCAACAUCUCCAUCUGCAGCAGCAGCAGCAGCACCACCACCACCACAACCACAACCACCACCACCACCAGCAGAAGCAGCAGCAGCAGCAGCAGCAGCAGCAGCAGCAGGGUUUGCUGCUGAAAUAG